AACGUGCACAGCUCUCACUUAGCAACCACGACGUCAAGAUCAUCAUAGGAGAUCUAAACGCUCAGGUAGGCCAGGAGGAGGAAUUCAGACCGACGAUUGGAAAGUUCAGCGCCCACCAGGUGACGAACGGAAACGGCCUACGACUCAUCGAUUUCGCCGCCUCCAAGAACAUGGCCAUACGUAGCACCUUCUUCCAACACCACCUCCCCUAUCGUUACACCUGGAGAUCACCACAGCAGACGGAAUCACAAAUCGACCACGUUCUGAUUGAUGGACGGCACUUCUCCGACAUUAUCGACGUCAGGACCUAUCGUGGCGCUAACAUCGACUCUGAACACUACCUGGUGAUGGUCAAACUGCGCCCAAAACUUUCCGUCAUCAACAAUGUACGGUACCGACGCCCGCCACGGUACAACCUAGAGCGACUGAAGCAACCGGAUGUCGCCUUAGCAUACGCGCAGAAUCUCGAGGCAGCGUUGCCAGAGGAGGGCGAGCUCGAUGUGCCCCCUCUAGAGAACUGCUGGAGUACAGUAAAAGCAGCCAUCACCGACGCAGCCGAGAGCACCAUCGGGUACGUGGAAAGAAGUCGACGGAAUGAAUGGUUCGACGAGGAGAGCAGAGCGAUUUUGGAGGAGAAGAACGCAGCGCGGGCGGUAAUGCUGCAGCAUGGAACCCGACAGAACGUGGAACGAUAUAAACAGAAGCGGAAACAGCAGACCCGCAUCUUUCGGGAGAAAAAACGCCGCCUGGAAGAAGCGGAGUGCGAGGAAAUGGAACUGCUGUGCCGUUCCCAAGAAACACGGAAGUUCUACCAGAAGCUCAACGCAUCCCGCCACGGCUUCGUGCCGCGAGCCGAAAUGUGCAAGGAUAAGGACGGGAGCCUCUUGACGGACGGACGUGAGGUGAUUGAAAGGUGGAAACAGCACUUCGAUGCGCACCUGAAUGGCGAGGAGAACGUAGGCACGGGAGACCAGUGCAAUGGAGGAAACGACUACGUCAGUGCAGCAGAGGACAGAACUGAUCCAACUCCCACGCUGAGGGAAGUUAAGGACUCCAUUCAGCAGCUCAAAAACAACAAAGCAGCUGGUAAGGAUGGUGUCGCAGCCAAACUCAUCAAGAUGGGCCCAGAAAAGUUGGCCACCUGCCUGCACCGGAUGAUAGUCAGGAUCUGGGAAACAGAACAGCUACCGGAGGAGUGGAAGGAGGGGGUAAUCUGCCCCAUUCACAAGAAAGGCGACCAUUUGGAAUGUGAGAACUUCAGAGCGAUCACCAUUUUGAAUGCCGCCUACAAAGUUAUCCUAACUCGUCUCGAUAAAGACAUUAUCGGUGGCUAUCCAUUGCUCUUCUACGCUGCCACCUUCCGAAACAUCAGCUACUCAGUUUAA